AUGUGGACGCAACAUCAUUGCACAACUCCCGCCCUCCUGCCCCGCCCCUCCCCCGCACGGAGAACCUACAGGGGCGACCCCCCUCCGACAGCCCCCGCCGCAUCCGCCGCACCGCCCAGCGCCUCAUGGACUCCCAGCGAGGGAGGCCUUGCACCAUCCCGCGCAGAGUCGAUCAAAGCCCUCCAGGCGAAUCUCACAGAACUUGUCCGUGUUUUUCCGGGGGGGAAAUGUUGUGUUCUUAUGUCCCCCUCUCCCCCCUGUGUCUAA